UUAAUUACCAUUACCAGUCGAGAGCAGAACAGUUAUCGGAGUGAACAAUGGCGGCCAAUGCUGAACUAUCUCCCUCUAAAAUCCUAGACACAAUCAACGUUCAGGAUUCAACCCUCGAACCACAUCUAACGGCUCCGCAAGACGCCCAAAUUAACGAAGUAAAAGACGACGUCGUACCGACCGAGAAACGGAAGAGAGACGACGCCGACGGCAACGAUAACGACGAAGCCGAUGGCAAGCGUUCUCUCCACCCGAUGUGGAAAACCAGUAUUUGUUCCUACUUCAGGAAACAUGCCACCUGCCACCACGGAGACGCCUGCCGUUACGCACACAGCGAGGAGGAGCUCCGGCCUCGUCCGGACAACACGUGGGACCCGACGUCCGAGCGAGGGAAGAAAAAGGCUUUGAAAUCAGUAACUGGUGAGAAACUUAACGUUACCGACGGGGUGAUGAUGACAGAGCUCGUUGAUGAAGUUGAUGGCGAAGGAGGUGAUGAUGGUUUUGCAUCUAACCAGGCGCUCAGCAAAUGCUUAGUGCACUUGCCGAUGAAAUGGAGCUCUGAGAAUUUGAGGAAUUUCCUCAAUGAGCAGGGUAUACCUUUUAAGCAUGCCAAGACAAAGAAAGGAAUGGCAAUUGGUUUCGUUACUUUUGAAAAUGAAGAACAAAUGAAAAGUUCGUCAAAGGAUUUAUUAGGAAAACAAAUUGGCAACAAAAAGUUAGAGGUAGCUGAUGUUAUUCCUCGAUCAUUUGAGAAGAAAAGUAACUCCAAUGUUUCUUCAAAUGGGACAUGUGGUGCUGAAACAAAUGAUGAUAAUUUGGCAAAUGAUGGUUCAGAGUCAAAAGCAAGAAGCUCACGUGAAGCUGUGACUCCUCUUGCUCAUAUGUCCUAUGCUGAUCAAUUGGAACAGAAAAAAUACUCUCUAAUGCAGAUUCUCAAAAAACUUCCUAGAAAUGCUCGUAAAGCUUGUCCAAAUGGCGUUCCUCUUCCUGAAUGGAUUCUCAAGUNNNUUUCCGCAGGUGGUCUUCCAUGCAAUCUAGAGGGUAUUAUUGAAUCACCAAUUGUAAAUGGAUAUCGUAAUAAGUGUGAAUUUUCAGUUGGAUAUUCCAUGGAAGGCAAAGCAACAGUGGGCUUCAGUCUUGGAAAUUUUAGGGAGGGUGUAACAGCAGUUGAGGAAGCAGUGGACUGCCCAAAUAUUUCUACCAUUGCUUGCAAAUAUGCUGCUAUCUUUCAAGAAUUUCUACAGCACACUAAUUUCCCAGUUUGGAACAGAUUUAAAAAUUGUGGAUUUUGGCGUCAAUUGACGGUUCGAGAAGGGAGGUCAAAUGGGAAUGUUGCCGAUGCUGAAACUUUUGACGGUAUUGCAGAGGUCAUGAUUAUUGUGCAGGUUUCUACUGCAAGUUUUGAUGAUGCACUAGUAGCCGCUGAAUUUAAAAGGCUUGCUGAGUCAUUUGUUACAGGAGCUACCUCUCAUUGUCCAACUUUGCCCCUUACUGCUUUGGUUGUUCAGGAUCACCAAGGAAUAUCCAACGUAGCACCAUCUGAUGCACCACUGCAUUCACUUCCCAUAGCAGUUGGUGAUCCUGAGAGGGAUGAAAACAUCAGUGCUGCAGAUGUGAGAAUCCAUGAUUAUAUCAGCAAUCUCCAGUUCUCUAUAUCUCCAACCUCAUUUUUUCAGGUUAACACGCUUGCUGCUGAGAAAUUAUACUCCCUUGCUGGAGAUUGGGCUUGCUUAGGUCCAGAUACAUUGCUAUUUGAUAUAUGCUGUGGGACAGGAGCAAUUGGCCUUACAUUAGCACAUCGUGUUGGAAUGGUGAUUGGGAUUGAAAUGAACGCUGCUGCUGUAUCUGAUGCUCAUAAGAAUGCUGAGAAUAAUGGCAUAAAAAACUGUAAAUUUAUCUGUGCAAAGGCAGAGCAAGUUAUGGGAUCUCUGUUAAAGGAAUACCUUAAUGUGCCCAAGGAACAAGUUGAUGAUCCUAAUAUCUCUGCAAGUGUUAAUGACAUGCCUGAAGAUAGUGCCUGCCCAGAGCCCGGAAAUGGUGAAAAGGCAUCUAAUUCUUCUGAAAAUAAUAAUUCAGGAGUUGAAAAUGAGGUUCCUAAGGAUAGCACUUCCGAAAAUGAGAAUACUUCCAUGCAACAGUUCAAAAAUGUUGUUGCCAUUGUUGAUCCUCCCCGUGCUGGACUUCAUCCAACUGUGAUUAAAGCUUUAAGAACUCAUACACACCUGCGGAGGCUCGUUUAUAUAUCAUGUAAUCCUGAAAGUUUGGUGGCAAAUGCUAUUGAGCUUUGUACGCCAUCCCCCGCCGAAAUUGAGAAAGGAAAUAAAGACAACAGAGGAUGGAGAAGGAUGAGUAGUGCUGGCCUAGCUCGGCAUAGGGCCAAGUCUAUGCCCAUUUCAGAGGCCUUUAAACCCAUAAAAGCCAUGGCUGUUGAUCUUUUUCCACAUACUCAACAUUGUGAAUUGGUUAUGCUUCUUGAGAGGUAGGUCAGGUGGACCAGAGUUUGUGUUGAAGUCUAUUUUAUUUGCUAGGCUCACAAAUUCAAUUGUCCCACAAAACUUUGGCUGGCAUUACAAGUGGCAGUAGAUGUUACUAGGUUAGUGUUGAUUUUAUUUUGAUCUUGUGUCCUAUAAAUUAUACUCGAGCAUGACCUUCAAUAUUCAGCCACCCUAUAAAUUCCUCCCUGGUGCAUAUGCAUCAUGAAACAUUAUCUGCAUCUUUUAUAAUUCCUGAAGAUGUGGAGUUUGAUUACUGCUUUGAAACGUAUUCAUGAUAUAGUUUUUUUGUUUUUAAA